CAGAAGCAUUCCGUCCUGCUCUGCUUCGGACCAGAGAUUCUUCUUGGUGGAUCGCAUCAGCAGCCAUGUCCUGACGUCGCCGGCUGGGAGAGCUGGUCAUCCUCUAGAAUUUCCAGCUGCUUAGUCAGUCAGUCAGUCAAGCUAGUGGUGCAGCGUGUGUAGGCUGUCCUAGUGGUGUGUACUAGCGUUGCAUUCAGCGUACCCGACCUUAGUUUGUGAGCCAGCGACGCAUGGAAAGCAGCGAAGAGCCUCCGAGAAGCGGUGCGGAGAGUCGUGGUAGCAGCCGUCGCAAGCUGCUCGAAGACGACUUCCUGAUCCCGAAUUCCGGCGACUUUCGCGUCGUGCUCCUCGAGAACGCCGUCGUCUGGCGCCGGACCAAGCCGUCGUCGGACAAGGCCGUGCAAGGCAAUGCGGGAAGCCCGCAGAGGGAGGCGUCUGGAAAGGCGAGACGUGUUGCAGUGGCCGAGAUUUAUGCAGUCGAGAGGCUGGAAGAGGCGGUGGUCAAAGGGAGUCUUCUAGGACCAGCAGCCAGACUUCAUCGCCUGGCCAUCCAUACCUUCCGGAAGGCGGCAGACAGGUGGACGCCAGUGCAGCUCGUGCUGAGUCAUGCGGACGUCAGCGUGUGUCAGCAGUGGGUGGAUUCCAUCCAAUCCCUGCUCAGUGCAGACCCAGAGCGGCCCCGGAACCUGCUGGCGUUCAUCAACCCCAUAGGCGGCCACCGCAAGGCGCUCAAGACAUGGGCGGCGGUGAAGCCGGUGUUUGAGCGGGCCGGAGUGGCGGUUACCGAGGUGGUAACGCAGCGGCAGAACCACGCCUUUGAUGCCGUGCAUGGGGCGACAGAUGAAGAGAUCUCAGCCGUCGAUGGCAUUCUCGUCGUGGGAGGGGACGGUCUGUUUAACGAGGUGCUCAACGGACUGGCAAAGCGGCGACACCACGCCCCCCCAUGCAUCCACCCCUCUCGCGUCUCCACCUCACGCCUCUGCCUCCCCCCCUCCUCCUCCUCAGCCCAUACACCCCCAUUAUCGUCCGCUGCCUCCCCUUUCCCAGUGUCCUCCUCCCUUCCGUCCCCCUCGUCCUCUCCCUCCGCUGUCUCGAAAUGCACUCCGCUGUCCUCGUCUCACUCCCUCACCUCCUCUCCCUCGCCUUUCCACCUGCUGCCUCGCCCCUUGCGCCUCUCCUUCACCUCCUCGCACCACUCUCCACUCCCAACUGCCUCGGAGGCAUCGCAGCCCGUACCAGCGUCGGCACCACCUGCAGCACAAAAAGCAGGAGCGGGGGGAGCAGAGGGGAAGGAUCAGCACACCAGCAGUGGCGGUAGGAUCAGGAGGGCGUUAUGGGGAGGGUCAAAAGAGAAAGCAGGAGUAGAGUGCAAGGGGAAGGAUGUGCCUGCUGGGGUUGCUGGAGGUGUUGGGGCUGCUACUGGUGAUGCUGCUGCUUCUCCUGCUUUGGAUGCUGAUUCUGCUGAGGCUGCUGAUGCAGCUGGUAGUCUGUUCACAAGCCUGGGGUCACGGGAGGGCCCAGAGGAGAGCAAUGAAGGGGCGCGGGGUAGAGGAGCAAGCGGGGGUGCAAAUGUGGGCGAAGCACUGACGCAGGUGGAGGCAUCUGCGUGUGUGAACGUGGGGCUGCAUCUGCCACAUGCUCUGCGCAUUGGCAUCAUCCCUGCUGGGUCGACGGACUGCAUCAUCAUGAGCGUGACUGGCUCUCGCGACCCCACCACCGCAGCUCUGCACGUAGUGCUGGGCCACCGCAUGCCACUGGACGUUGCCAGGAUCACCACCUGGACGGACGGCGAGGAUAUGACGGGGGCUCAGGAGCAAGGGGAGCAGUCGAAGGGGAUUCAAGGCGAAGGGGUGCCGCCAGAGAAGCAGCAGAGGCAGGCAGAGGGACAGGGGCAAGAGCUGGAGGGAGGGCAGGGAGGAGGUCAGGGAGGAGGGCAGGGAGGAGAGCAUGUGGGGAAAGGACGGGGAGGUGAGGGCGAUGGAGAAAGGCGGGACGGGCAUCAAGGAGACGCGGCUGACCGAGGGAGGGAAGGAGCUGUGGCAGGGGUAGCAGGGGCUAGUGUGGAAGCAGCAGCGGGCACAGGGGCGAGGGAGCAGGGGGGGGUGGAGGUUCGCUACGCGGCAUCCUUCUUUGGCUAUGGCUUCUAUGGCGAUGUGAUUCGGCGCAGCGAGUCGCUCAGAUGGAUGGGGCCGGCAAGAUACGACUAUGCUGGGCUCAUGACAUACCUGCACCACAGAUCGUACAAUGCUGAGGUGUCCUUUUUCGACGUGCCGUCAACUGCUGCCGUGCAAACAGCAAGGGCUCCCAGCCAGCCUGCAGUCAGCAGCUCAGAGACUUUGCACCACGUGCCGAAACCCAAGGCGUCGCCACCACCACCACAAGCGCCCUGCGCCGAAGCAUCCCCCCUGCAGCCAUCCCCUCUUGAAGCAUCCCCGUUUGAAGCAUCCCCACUUGAAGCAUCCCCGCUUCUUGCAUCUCUAGCCCUGGCAUCGUCACCCAUUGAGGGGGCGGCAAGCAGGGUCCUAGUGAGGAGCCUCACAGAAGAGCUUCCCCGGCCACGCCCGCUUGGGGAGGACGGGGAGGAGGAAGGGCAGGAGGGGGGUCGGGUGGAAGGGGGAGAGGAAGGAGAGGUGGGAGAGGAGGUGGGAGAGGAGGGGGAUAGGGAGAGGGUAGAGGAGGGGGGUGGGGAGGAAGGGGGAGGGGAUGGGGGGAAAGAGGAGGAGGGGGCUUCUCUUGAGGCGACGGAGUGGAACGGAGGGAUGCGGCGGCGCACCAUCAGCAGCCCCAUGCUUGGCAAGACACGUACCAGCAGCAGCAGGAGAAGCAGCAGCAGCAGCAGGCGAAGCAGCUUCCCUGACGUGUGCACUGCCGGGUGCACCGUCUGCGCCAGCAGCACUGACCUCUCGCAGCUCGCCCGCUCCUCCCACAACUUAUCCUCUCUUGAUGAUCGCUCUGCCCUCGGGCAGACCCACGCCGCUCUUGACCAAUCCGAUGCUGCCACGUCAGCGCCAGUGCUUGUGGUCGGGCAGGAAAACUUAUCGCGGGGGGUUGGCCAGGGGCCGGGAGUUGGUCUCAGAGGGGGUUUGAAGCCGUGUUGGAGGACGGUGCAUGGAAAGUUCCACAGCGUGGGGGCGGCGGUGAUGUCGUGUCGCAAUGACAAGGCGCCAGAUGGCGUCGCAGCACAGGCCCACCUGGCGGACGGCAAUCUGCACCUCAUCCUCAUCCGCAAGUGCUCUCGCCCCGAAUACCUGCAUCAGCUGACCCGGCUCGCACGCAAAGGGGCAGAUCCGUUUGCCUUCGACUUUGUCGAGACCUACAAGACCCCAGCCUUCACGUUCACAUCACAUGGGAAACAGAGCACAUGGAAUGUGGAUGGGGAGUUGGUGGUCGCCUCUCAACUUGCUGCUCAGGUCUUCCGUGGUCUUGUCGACAUCUUUGCUUCCGGGCCUGAGUUUUGAUACCUGCUACAACAUUCGCAGAGAGUCUGUAUAUUGUUUUUUCGGAGCAGGCACAGUAUGUACAAGGAAACAUUUUUUACAAUUUUUUUUGAGGUUUGAAGUGGCAUAACUGAACAAUUUAGCCUUCUUUAAGUGUUUUUAGAGCCUUUUUGUGAAAGCAGGUGCUUAGCUUAUAC